UUCCGAUGCCAGUACUCGAUACUUUUUGUUGUAGUUGUACAUUUUUCGCCAAAAAUAAUAAUAAAAGUUUUUAAUAUACGUUUUUUUUGUUGUACAAAGGAGAAAAUGUUAUUAAACUGAUUGGCCGCCCUAGCAUUUUCGUGACCCCCGCUCCAAAAAAAAAAACAGAAACGGCCGCCAGCAACAACAAGGUGCAGUAAAUAUUCAGUGUGCGCUGCGCCUUUCGCCUUCUUUAACCGCCAAUUGCUCCUGCUCCUGCCCACUAACCAAACAAACAAGAAGCGAAACCUCCAACAGCCAGAGGAAGUGAAAUGAUAAAGUCCACCACGAAUCCACAGGAACAGCGUCUGCCACGCCCCGAGGAUCAGUCGCAUCCGCCGCCGCCGCCCCCUUCCUCCACCGCCGCCCCUGCCACGCCCACGCACCAAGUGGCCACAGUGAUAGCCAACAUGGACACCCUGAAGACCGCCUUUCUGCCCAAUCUCAGCAUGGACCCCAAUGUGCACGUGACGCCGCACUAUUGCCCCAUGUGCCACCAGCAGUUCGAGCGGGCGCAACACGCCGCGGAACACAUGCAGCUGUGCCACGGGAUCGCGUUGAAUGCCCAAGGAGCCAUCGCCACGCUGGAGGGUGGUCAUCCACAGGCACAACAGCACCUCAAACCCAGCCAUGCAUGCUUUAAUUGUGAUGAAAAGUUCGGCAACGCCGUCGACCUGGACGAACACCAUCGGCUGGUCCAUCAGACCUCAGCCUACCUGGCCCGCUGCCUUAUGUGCAGCAUCUAUGGCAUCCACUCGGCCACCCAGCAGCCCAAUGAGUACAAGUGCACGCAAUGCGGCUCCAUUUGCACCACCGCUAUGCUGGCAGCCGGACAGCAGGGCUUCAUGGAACAGCAGGAGGCGGCGGUGACGCCCGACGACCAGCUGCCGGCGAUGGCGCCCCGUGAUAUGAGACUGACGCCCGAGGAGCAGCACCACCAGCAGCAACUGCAGGCGGAGCACCACCACCAACAGCAACAUCAGCAGGAACUGUUGGAGCAGCAGCAACGGGAGCUGCAGGAGCAGGCGCAACAGCAGCAGGUGCACCACCACCAACAGGAUCAGGAUCUCGCCGGCGACCAGGUAGCGCUGAAGGUGCCACCGCUCACCGUCAAACUGAACAAAAACGCAAAUGGCGGUGCCAUUGUGGCCCAUCCGCAGGUCAUUAUCAAGGAGGAGCCACUCAGCCUGAGCGACAGUGGCGAUGUCGUUAACUCUGUGCCCGUCUAUGCCAUACAAGCGAAUCCCGGUGUUCCCGCCCCGGCCAGUUCCGGUGUGCUCGUCGGCACGCAAACGGUGCCCGCCGAUCUGGCGCACAAGAUCCGGCACAAAUGCCCGGACUGCCCGAAGACCUUCAAGACGCCCGGCACGCUGGCCAUGCACCGCAAGAUCCACACAGGAGAAGCAGACGCCACGCCCAAAGAACGCCCCUACACGUGCUCCUACUGCGGCAAGUCCUUCACUCAAUCGAAUACACUAAAACAGCACACUCGCAUACAUACAGGUGAGAAACCAUUUAGAUGUGGCUAUUGUGGCAGGGCGUUCACUGUUAAGGAUUACCUGAACAAACAUUUAACGACUCACACGGGAGAGAAGCCGUUCCAUUGCGGGUACUGCGAGAAGUCCUUCAGCGUGAAGGACUACCUGACCAAGCACAUACGGACGCACACCGGAGAGAAGCCGUACACCUGUCCGUACUGUGACAAGCGCUUCACGCAGCGCAGUGCCCUCACGGUGCACACGACCAAGCUGCAUCCGCUCUAGGGCAGGCCGGGCGGUGGCCGCCAGAUGCCCGUUGCUGCCCCAGCCGCUCCUCCUCCUCCUGACGCGCCGCCGCCGCCGUCCUCCGACUUGGAUUCGGAUCCAAAGAAGCCAUCGGUGGCGCUAGCGGCAUCGGCAUAGGGGAGUGCCAGCGGAAACGGAAGCGGGAACGGGUUGAGCAACCCAAAUGAAAGACCUUUUCAAAGACGAGACACACUCACACAUGGGCGUUAACUGAAGCGGAUGCAACGCAACCAACGACUGGCAAACCACUUCACAGUGCUGCUAGAUUAAAUUACUAAAUUAGAUACUUUCAUUUCGGUUAACACAGAAAACAGAAAACAAAGUUGUACUAAACUAGCGUACAGUUCGUAGAAUGUUUAAGUUAUUGCAAUCGAUUUUUGAUUUUUAUUAUUAUUUGGUUAUGUAGAUGUUUUGCAAUUUUAUUUUUAUACUCCUA